AUGGAUCUUGAAAUCACCUACGAGAUCUGUGGAUGUACUGAGGACCAAAAGGUUCUAUACGCUGGAUACUUAUCCCAAGAAGAAGUUGGAAUAUGGUGGGACACACGUAGGCAGCUUCUAGUUAGGGAAUUAGGAAGUCCGGCUGCAUUGUCAUGGAAGGGACUCAAGGAAGAGUUCGACAACAGAUUAUUCCUAGAUUCAGUCAAACAACUGAAGGCACAAGAGUUCACAACUUUAACUAAAGACAGUUUGACCGUAGAACAGUACGCCGCCAAGUUUAUGACGUUAGGAAGGUUUGCACCACACUUAAUUUCUACUCAAAGGAUGCAGACGCAGAAGUUUCAAGUAGGACUUCAACCAAUGAUCCAUAAUCAAGUACCUUGCCUUAGAAUAGAGAAUUACCAAGAGUUGGUUAAUGUAGCAGAUAUUGCUGAAACAGAGUAUAGGGGCUUAACUGCCCACGUUAAUUCGGAGAAGAAGAGAGCUUAUCCAUUCUCUGUUAGUGGAAGCUCAAGUGAUAAGAGGGUGAUGAUCGGAGAAGACAAAGGAAAGGACGUCAUGAUUGGAGGAUAA